CUCUCUCUCUGCCUUCUUGGAUUUAUCCCCGAAGUUUUUUUCUCCCCUCUCGCGUUUAGAGCGCCGUGAAGUGAACUUUUCUCUCUUUCUCUCUCUCUCUCAUUCCCCUUCAGUUUAAAGUCAUAAACGCCACAAUGUCGCCGCCGUCUCGACGGCUUCAGACGAAGCCAGUGAUUACCUGCCUGAAGACCUUCCUCAUCUCCUACAGCCUCAUAUUCUGGUUCACAGGCGUGAUCCUGCUCGCCGUCGGGGUGUGGGGGAAGGUGAGCCUGGAGGCCUAUCUCUCCCUGGCCUCCGACGAGAGCACCAAUGCACCAUAUGUCCUCAUCGGGACCGGAGCCACCAUCGUUAUUUUCGGACUGUUCGGUUGCUUUGCUACGUGCCGUGGCAGCCCAUGGAUGCUCAAACUGUAUGCCAUGUUUUUGACCUUGGUGUUCCUGGCUGAGCUUGUGGCUGGUGUCUCGGGCUUUAUCUUCAGACAUGAGAUCAAGGCCAAGUUAGGCACUGCCUAUAAAAACGCUGUGAAGUCCUACAAUAGCACAGACCGCAACAGCAAUGCAGUUGAUGCCAUCCAGAGGACUUUGCAUUGCUGCGGGGUGACAAAUUACACCGACUGGCGUGAAACAGCUUACUUUAAAGAGAAGGGCAUCCCUGCCAGCUGCUGUAAAGACAACACCAAAUGCUCGCCGGAGACCCUGAAAGACCUUGACAAGGCUGAGAAAGAGGUGUACACAACGGGCUGCUUCGCCCGGGUGACCAAUACGAUGGAGGCCAACCUGGGAAUCAUCGCGGGGAUCUCUUUUGGGAUUGCAUUCUUCCAGCUCAUCGGGAUCUUCCUGUCCUGCUGCUUGUCCAGAUACAUAACCAACAAUCAGUAUGAGAUGGUCUAACAGAUUACUGACGGGCAGCUCCUGGUGCAAACUGAGUUGAAUCUCUUGUGAUUUUAAUAUUGUGUUUUGUGUUAGCUGAAAUUAUUUUAGAGUUGGAAAAACACGCUUCUUCUUUUAUUCAGUCCAACGAGCAGAAGGGAAUAAUGUUAAAGGGACGUUAUCUGCAGUGUAAUCUGGCCAAAAAUAAAAAGGGACCUGGACAUUUCAGAGAUCAUUCGUCACUCCUGGGAUUUAAUUAGGGAUUUCUAGUGAGCAUAAAUGUCACUUUCAUUUGUGUUAAUUAACUCUACCAGUGGUCAACAUUUCCAUUUGUUGUGUCUUUGUAUAUUGCAGCUGCCUUAUUUUGUAAUGUAACACUAGUCUGUAGCUGAGCAGAUGAAAUCUAGACAAUAAGCUGAUAAAUGUUAAACUUCUCUGCAACACUAAAUGAAUUUCUGUGUAUGAAACUCGUCAACGCCUGAGAGAUGGACAAGAGGUUGCCACCCUGAAAUGAAAAAUGAAGUCAUUUACUGUAAAAUCAGCCUUACUGAUUCUGUAGGCCGGUAUUGUUAAGCCAGCAUUCCAGUGUGCCAACUACAGUCACCCAGCCAACUUCAUAUCACAUUUUUCAGUGUUAAAAUGUUAGUUUUUUUUGGAUGUAUGUGAAAUACUAAAAAAAUAAAUAAAGAUGAAAAACAGUAUCUUUAA